CGGUCGAUACCAAAAGAUUCUCACGUUCUCAGAGACCGGCCGACCGGCGAGUUCCUGUUCCUUUCUCGUCACCGUUACGUCUUUCGGAGCUCGCAGUCUUCUUCGAGGAAGCUACUCAAGCAACAAAACAGCAGUAACCAUGCCAGUGCCUGAGCUCCAGAAACCGGCGCCCGCUUUCUCCGGCACCGCUGUUGUGAACGGACAGUUCAAGGAUAUUAAACUCUCCGACUACAAGGGCAAAUAUGUUGUGCUCUUCUUCUACCCGUUGGACUUCACUUUCGUGUGCCCGACGGAAAUCAUCGCUUUCUCCGACCGAGUGAAGGAGUUUACCGACAUCGGCUGCCAUGUGAUUGCCGCGUCCACCGAUUCCCACUUCAGCCACCUCGCGUGGGUAAAUACGCCGCGCAAACAGGGCGGUCUCGGUGAGAUGAGCAUUCCUCUGUUGGCGGACAAGAGCUGCAAGAUCGCCCGCGACUACGGCGUGCUCGACGAGGAGUCGGGAAUCCCCUUCCGUGGUCUUUUCAUCAUCGAUGACAAGCAGAAGUUGCGUCAGGUCACCAUCAACGAUCUGCCCGUAGGAAGAUCCGUGGACGAGACUCUGCGUCUGGUUCAAGCAUUCCAAUACACCGACAAGCACGGUGAGGUUUGUCCGGCCGGUUGGAAACCUGGCAAGAAGACUAUGAAGCCCGACGUCGUUGGCUCGCUGGAAUACUUCAAAGAUCAAUAGACAAUAAAUUCAUACUAAUGUUUCUCCAUACCUACUGUUAACUGCACUCGCGUGUAUGUGUGUUUUAUACUCUUUCGCUGCGUACUCUUCGAAUUUGACACAUUCUGUUUCUACUUAGCAUAGUUAGAUAUACAUCUCACGAUCUUCACAUUGAAAUAUCCGUCUUCAGUUUAAUAAACGGAUUUAUUUUCUAUA